CAGAGCACUAUAAACCCCUGGCCCCGGGAAGCAGGCCACAGUCGAAGACCGCCUCAGACAUCUUGGGUAUUUGGACCACUGCACUGAAGACACCCUCUUUCCAGAUUGCCCUGCUCUGAGCUCCAGACACCAUGAAUCUUCCUGCUACAAAGGUUCCCUGGGCCGCCGUGACGCUGCUGUUGCUGCUAUUGCUGCCGCCAGCGCUCCUGUCGCUUGGGGUGGACGCACAGCCACUGCCCGACUGCUGUCGCCAGAAGACCUGCUCUUGCCGCCUCUACGAACUGUUGCACGGCGCUGGCAACCACGCCGCGGGCAUCCUGACUCUGGGAAAGCGGCGUCCCGGACCCCCGGGCCUCCAGGGUCGGCUGCAGCGCCUUCUGCAGGCCAACGGCAACCACGCUGCCGGCAUCCUGACCAUGGGCCGCCGCGCAGGCGCAGAGCUAGAGCCACGUCCCUGCCCUGGUCGCCGCUGUCUGACCGCAACCGCCACCGCUUUAGCGCCCCGGGGCGGGUCCGGAGUCUGACCCUGUCUUCAGUCCCUGUCCUGGUCCUAUCUUUCCCCCCUCUGCUCGCCAGUGUCAGUCUCUAGGAAAACGGCAAUAAAGACGAGUCCCUGA